AUGGAGACCGAAACUGGGAUUCCUAGCCAAGCCGAGUUGAGAAGCCUUCUCGACGCCUAUUUUGAUGGCCCACAUUUUUUCUACUUCUACACCUUCAUCCACCGGCCUACAUUUCAGCAGGCCUUCGACCGGGGUUCUAUCCCUAAUUUUCUUCUACUAAUCGUCCUCGCGACUAGCCUGCACUUCCUUGAUCCAGAAGACAGCCGUGCGGACAAGUGGGCAGACGAAAGCCGCCGGCUCAUCAUGUUGGAGAUUUUCUCCCCACCAUCGACAACCACAUUGCAGGCACUCCUCCUGCUCCAACGCUACGAAUGGCAUCGAGCCGAGCAUAUGAAUGCUUGGAUACUAUCAGGUCUGGCAAUCCGCCUCACACAAGGCCUACAGCUCAAUUUUGAAAUCCCCGAUGAGACUCGGACCACAGUAACCGUCCGAGAGACCCGGCGACGACUUAUGUGGAGUUGCCUUGUGAUGGAGUCAAUGAUCGAAUCUGGGCGUAGUCCUCUCAGUAGACUCAACCUGUCAUCAAUCGAGGUGAGACUGCCAUGCAACGAAAAUGCGUUCCAGCUGGCACUCGAGACCAACAUGGCCGGACUGGACCAGCUCGCCAACGAGGAGGGUUAUCUGGAGAGUGACACCAACACUUCCAACCCCACACGUCCUGGGAUAUCGGCAUUUUUAGUCAAUCUUGCAGUCUUGCGACGGGAAAUCCUCAACUACACCCUACCCUAUCACCCCAGGAAUAGGGGCCACACACCACCGCAGCGUCCAUGGGAUCGCGAUUCGCCCUACUGGAAGUUUGAGCAGAAGCUAGAAGAGUGGCAAGCCCGUUUGCCCAUGGAACUUCAGUUCAACGACGAUGUCAUGUAUCGCCGUCAUCCCCAGCUCUUCAACUUCAUUACUCUCCACUGUCUCUUCCACGGCUGCUGGUGUGACUUGAAUCGAAUAGGGUCUUAUAUCACAGCCCUAGCUCAGGUGGACAGUCCCUCUAACCCUCUCAAUAAUUCACCGCAGUCGUUCCUGUCCAACUGCCGGCGCAACCGUUUACGACAUGCUUUCUCAAUUUGCAAAGUCAUAUCCGAUAGCAUGAGCCUUCACGGUCCCAUUCAUGAUCCUGUCGUGGCGAUAUCUGCGUCUCUGGCGAUUCGAAUUCUGGCCAUUGAGCGGCGAACAGAGGACAGCAUUGCUCUCGGGCUUACAAAUGAAGAGGUCUAUUCAGUUUCAAAUGCCCCGAUACAAUGUGUCAAAGAGGUCUGUCGGCGAUCGAAGCCUAUACGCGAGUUGGUAAGUCCUGAUUUUUGA